CGCUUUCAGAAAGCCGGUCUGUGUUUGUUUGUGUGUGUGAGGGGAAAAAACUCGCACGUUUCUUUCCUCUUUUCCAUAGUAAUAUCACGAACUGUUUGUUUUUAUAUUCGAACCUUGAAGCUGAAACCACGUUCGGUUUUAUAUCCGACUCGUAAACCUGCUUUCUUUUCGAAAGGAGAAAACUCGUUUGAAAGGAGACGAAAAUCCGCCUUUUUUUCCUCCUCAGACGACGUGGAUUUUUUUUUACUCCGUGCUUCGUCUCGGUCGGAUUCUCAAGGCUUUGGGACUAAUUUCGUGAUCUUCUUCUGCCUUUUUACGGAUAUUUACGAUGCUGCUGUCUAAACUGAACACGUUCGCGCACAUUUCAGCCGUCGACAUGCCUGCGAAGAUGCAGCUCCAAGUGCAUCAAGUGAAGGAAAAGGAGCCGUUUGAGAAGGUUUAUCAGGUCGGUUCGGUGCUGGGAAGCGGUGGGUUCGGUACAGUGUACACUGGCCUGCGGAUUGCCGACGGAGCGCCGGUUGCUAUCAAACAUGUGUCUAAGGAGCGCGUGACCGAAUGGGGAGAAUUGCCCAACGGCGCGCGCGUGCCCAUGGAGAUCGUCCUGCUGAAGAAAGUGGGCACCGGUUUUCGCGGUGUGAUCAAAAUGCUGGACUGGUACGAGCGCCCUGAUGCCUUUAUCAUCGUAAUGGAGAGACCGGAAGCCGUGAAGGACCUUUUCGACUUCAUCACGGAGAAGGGCGCGAUGCCGGAGGAGCUCGCGCGUGGGUUCUUUCGCCAGGUGCUCGAGGCGGUUCGUCAUUGCCACGCGAGCGGCGUCGUGCACCGCGACAUCAAGGACGAGAACAUCCUCAUCGACCUGCGCACCGGAGAGCUCAAGCUCAUCGACUUCGGCUCGGGGGCGCUACUCAAGGACACCGUGUACACCGAUUUCGACGGUACACGUGUGUACAGCCCUCCAGAGUGGAUCAAAUACCACCGGUACCACGGCAGGUCAGCAACUGUUUGGUCUCUGGGGAUUCUGCUGUACGACAUGGUGUGUGGCGACAUCCCUUUUGAGCAGGAUGAAGAAAUCGUGCGCGGUCAAGUGCUCUUCAGGCGAAGGAUCUCGACAGAAUGCCAGCAGCUCAUCAAAUGGUGUCUGUCUCUGCGUCCUGCCGAUCGCCCAUCUUUCGAGGACAUAAUCAACCACUCCUGGAUGCAGAACACAUCGGCGCCACCUACAGACGCCACAGAGAUCCGGUUGCACAGUUUGAGCCAUGAGGCGGUCACCGUAUGCAAGUGAUUCACUACAUAGAGACUCGACACUACGUCAGCUGGCUAAUAGCCGACGGCCGCCCUCCGAGCUGAGCAGCGCGGGAAACAAACGUUUCAAAGUGUGAAAUGCUUGUUUUUCAUUUGGUUAACACAAACGGCAGCUGUCUACGGGUGAGCCCAAGAGGUCUGGGAUGUCCGACACCCCACUCCCGAUCUCGGUCAAAAGCAGAGUCCGGCCCAGGAAGUGAUGCCCGCCGCGCUGAGACGUGACCUGUGCAAACUUGAAGCGGUUCAUGCGAUGCCGAAGAGUUAAAAGGCAUGCCUGUGAAUGGACUGAGAAACCUCCACUGAGGAGGAAGCAAGCUUUCAUUUAGUGCCUUCUGUGUGAGUGUCAGAAAUAAAUACUUGAAUUAAGUAAUAGCCACUGUACCACUGCUCCUUAUCCAGAUGUCACAAUUUUAUUUGCUUCCAUCUCAUCUGCACUAUGCAGAGAGUAACCAAAACAACCUCAGAUAAUCUGUGCAGAAUGACCGUCCGACACCUCUCUAUCUCUCUCUCUCUCUCUCUCUCUCUCUCUCUCUCUCUCUCUCUCUCUCUCUCUCUCUGUCUCUCUCUGUCUGUCUGUCUCACACUCUCAUAUCCUGAGAAACUCAACACAACUACCACUUGUCGAUACAGAAGCACACAGCAAUGCAACUACGACGUGAGAUAACUACAAACAUUUGUCAAUAUUGUAAAUAUGUAAUUGUCUUAUGACUCUAAAUUCCAAGACGAGGCCUGUAAGUAAUAUUUAUUUCAGUGUUUUUCUUGAAAGCAAGAUCUAAGUGGAAUUAUUUAUUUAUUUAUAGCAGAACGAUUUUUUUUUUGUUCGACGUUUGUCAUUCCACACUGAAGGGUCCACAGCCUAUUUAAAACUAUUUUUAAAAUAUUUAAGAGCUGUUUUGAGCAGAUGUGUACAUACAUGUAAAUAUUCUUUACAAGCACUUCCAUUGUCUGACACAAGGAGUACUGAAAUGUCUACUGAAUUUUUUUUUUUUUUUUUUUUAUUUAAUUGUCUGCUGUGCAUUGUUAGAGGAGUGUCAUUGUGUAUGUCGCACAAAUGUCUACAUGUUUGGAGUUUCACCUCUAGCAUGACUGCAGCUUGAAUUUUUAUUUGAUUUAAUUUGAUUGUAAAUUGUUUAGGGAGUUAUUUUUUUUACACAAGUUUCAAUAAAUAUUUUUUUAAGUGCUGAA